CCACGCGUUCUCUCUCUGUCACUUACUUCUCCUUAUUUCUCUCCCUUCCCUUCUCUCUCUUUUUGCCACACACAUCAUCAUUCUCUCUAGAUCUUCUUCUUCCCCUCCAACAAAAAAAAAAACAAGUCUUUCGAAUUUGAUCAGAGGCUUCAAAGCUUAAGUUUUUACGCAUCACCGAUUCAUUUGAUCCAAAGGGUUUUCAUUUCUUCUACGUUUGCGAGAAGAGGAACGGUAUUUAAAAAUACACUAAAAACUUGAUAUUGGAAGAACCAAAGAUGCCCUGGACAGCCUUCUUCAUGUUUUUCAACAGGACUUGCACUCGUCUGGUUGUCUUUUUCCUCGUUAUUCUGUAAAUUUGAUCCUUUCAGGUGUUGUUUCCGGUAUCCGGAGUAGCUCUUUGUUGUUGUGCUUAUUUUACUGGUUAGUGUGAGAAUGUGCAUUGUUGGAAACAAGAAGGGAAACCGAUCAUUGAAGGAAAUAGGAACUUUUAUGAUGACUACAUGUUUCAUUGCUAAUUACCAAUCCGUUCAAGUUUGCCAGGCUGAAUAUUUCAGACAGUUGCUUAAGCCUGUAACGUAGUCUAGCGUCUGGAGAUUUCGGAAAUUGGGGGUUUUGAGCGGCUAUCUACUUUUGAUUUCGAAAGAAUUAUUGUGAGGUAUUAAGAGUCUGGUAUUCUGAAGAGCUGUGUGGGAGAGCUUCUGGUUUUGGGGGUAAGGGCUCUGGUGGAAAUUCGUGAUAUCUUUAGUAUGAUGGCCAUAACUUGAUAUAGCAUUUGGUUCGACUGUCAACUUAGUGUAGUAGUAACUGAGCAGCUGGAAGCUUACAAAGGCGGUAGUCGAAAAAUUUAAGCAGCCUGCAGUUUGAGGUGUACAACUUGUUUUUCUCUUUGUGUUUCGCUUUUACCUUUGCACGGGUUUUCUGAUGCAGAACAAUCAGUUUCCUCACUUCUCAGAUGAAGUGGGUGACAGAAAUAUGCACAAUCCGUAUGCAUCAGGGUCAUCCUUUGAUGCUUUGUUCCCACCAUGUGCAAAGUUGCCAUACCAUGGUGUUGAACUUCAACCGUCUGCGGUCUGUCCAAAGAAUUUUGUCAUCUUCGAUCAAACGUAUGACCGCAGCCAAGUGAUGUACCAUCCUGAGCUGACUCACAAGCUCAUGAAUACCCCAUCAUUGAACAAUUUAGCUUCGACAUUUCAGAACGAGUACUCUGGGGGAAGUUAUGGUAACUAUGGUAACUAUGACCAAGAAGCAUCCUCUUCUUAUCAAGAGGAUCCGAAUGAGAUCGAUGCCCUCUUGAGCGCAGAUGAGGAUUAUGAAGAUGAUGAUAAUGAAGCUGAUGAGGAUGGUGAUUCAGAAGAGGUCAGCACUGCUCGUAAUUCUUCCAGGGAUUAUGGAAACACCUCAGCAGAAUCUUGUUGUUCCAGCUAUGGGUAUAACAACAACAACAACAACAACUCAAGGAAGCAGAGUUUAUCGGGCAGUGCUAGUAGUAACAAUGAUGGGAAAGGACGGAAAAAGAUGAAGAAGAUGAUGGGAGUGUUGAGGAGAAUUGUCCCGGGUGGAGAACAGAUGAAUACAGCUUGUGUUCUUGAUGAAGCUGUUCAGUAUCUCAAGUCACUUAAAAUCGAAGCACAGAAACUUGGCGUUGGACAUUUCUCAAACCAAUCUUGAAUGUUACCAAUAUUCGUUCUUCCACCACUAUUGUUUCUUCGAAGGUAAAUCAUCGGUCCAGCGCUUAUCUGGACCUUUCUCUCUCUAUAUUCCUCCCUCUACUCACUUCCUUCUGCAGGAUGGUAUCUACUUUAAGUUGAAUCUCUCUUAUAUUUUGCUUUUGUGUUAUUGCUUCGAUGAAGAAGCUGUGUUUGCACAAGUACUUGUGGAUUUGAUUUGUACUGUUUUAACUUUCACUUUCACUGUAAUCAUUUAUGACUAUGUGAACUAUCAUGGUUAAUGAUUUCACUUGGUAUCGUUAUUGAUUAUGUAUGUUAUACUU